CGGUCCUCCAGCAUCCCAGCGCCCCUUGCGCGCGCUCCCUCCCGCUCUCAGCGGCUUCCGGUGGUGGCGGCGGAGCGGGAGCGGCGAGGCGGCGGCAGCCAUGGCGUACCGCGGGCAGGGCCAGAAGGUGCAGAAGGUGAUGGUGCAGCCCAUCAACCUCAUCUUCCGCUACCUGCAGAACAGGUCGAGGAUCCAGGUGUGGCUCUAUGAGCAGGUGAACAUGCGGAUAGAAGGCUGCAUCAUCGGCUUUGAUGAAUACAUGAAUUUGGUGCUGGACGACGCAGAGGAGAUUCACUCCAAGACAAAAUCAAGGAAACAGCUGGGUCGGAUCAUGUUAAAAGGGGACAACAUCACUCUCCUACAGAGCGUUUCCAACUAGAACUUUCUGUUACAACGAAGGUGGCCGCCCUGCUGCGGAGUGCCUGAGUGCCAGGGGAACGUGGCCUGCUGGCUGAUAGGAAGUUAUUUGUAACUGGGGUUGCAUGCUGAGGUAAAAAGUCCUUCCUUUGUGUGGGAGCAAGUUUUUUUGUAGCUUGAAACAAUACAUGAUGUAUUUCCCAAAUAAACGUUUUUCACAUUAACUGUAAAUGGAAAA